ACAUGUGAGUGCCAGGAAGAGAUUUACAAAUCAGUAGUUAGUAACUCAAAGAUAAAUUAGACUGCUUCAAAUCCUGGUGUCCUAUACCCAGGGUUAGGAGCUAGAGUAAUACCUACAAUAAUAAAAGCAAAGAGGGAAAAGCUUUUCAGGUUUCCAGUUCUGAAAGAAAACUGCAUAUUGAACAAGUGUGUAAUGCCUAACACAGGAGUUACCAGAAAAGUUAUUUACAGAGAGAACUAGUCUUCAGAUUACAUAGAGGAGUAAAACAAUCUGAGAGUCAGCAAUACACGUGCUUUCCUUUAUAAAAGUUCAUGUCAUCAGCACCUCGUUGAAGCUUAUAGGGGGGCUGGAUAAUUGCUAAAUAAAUGAAAAGUUACUUCAUGAAUGAAAUUUUACAAUUUUUUAUUUAUAUAUUUAAUGACUUGCCUAUGAAUUAUUUUUUGCAGUUGGAAAAGCUUAAUUAAAGUCCAAGAAUUAGAGAUUUGCUAGAAUUGUGGAAUCAUAAAACUCAUGAAGUAUAUCUACCGUAAAAGACAAAUAUGAAAAUCUUUGAUCAAUUUAACUUCAUAUUUUCCACGGCUCUUAUAUAGUCAUACGUCAGUAAAAAUAUAAUAAAAGCAUUAUAUAUAGGAUUUCAUUUUAAUUUAUUUCCAUGUGACUCCACUUUUCUCCAUCUAUUCCUUAGUAGUAAAAUACUAAUUACUCUCAACCAUGACAAGAUAAGGAUUAGGGAAAAAAGGAAGUAAAAAUUUCUAUUUUAACUCUUUAAUAAUGAUAAAGUCUUUAUCAUAAAGACUUUAAUAAAGUCUUAGGGCAUAACUCAAAGUGUGUGCCUUUUAUGUCUGCAUAAUUCAUUUGCAAAUACUUUUCUUUCUUGUUAUAACAUGAUUAUUAAGAUUAGCUUCAAGCAAUUCUAUAGCUGAAGUACAUUUAUAAAAUAUAACCACAUAUUUAUUUUUUAAUAAUUCAACCUGUGAUGUAUGAAAAUGCAGAGACCACAAAAAUAAGUUUUUAUUAUCUAUGUAUAUGCAUGCAUAUAUCCCUCUGAACAAAUAGUUAUUCUCUGGAUGGGAGCAAGUGGAAACGUGUCCCCAAAUUAUUUUCACAAUAUCCUUAGAGAAGAACAAAGUGCUAAUUUCCCAGUUCAGCCCAUCCCAACAAAAUUCCAUAGUCCCUGUCAUCAAAAUGACAUUUUCUCUUCAAAAUAAGCAACACCUAAACAAGAGAGAAAAGUCACUUCAUGUUUUUCUAGUUGAUCGUUCUGAUAAUAAUUUGCCCUUCGGUCUGUCAGAGAACCUUCACUGCUCCCAUAGAUGCAUCCUACCAGAGGUCAUAGAUCACACAAAACCGACAGAAACAGGAAAUCAAACUUCCUGAGUCCACUGCAAAACAGAAACCUGUUUCCUCUACACAUCUCAAACUGGCCAAGUUCUCGCUUAGUGGACUCAGUGUGGAAGCAACUGUCAAAAGGGUUGGAAGGACUUUUGCACCUUCUACUGGGCUCCAAACCCCCGAGAUGGAGCGGGCAAGGCUACUUGUCCUGCUUUCUAGUUUGUGGAGUGGAGGUGUGGGGCUUCACAAUGCGACACAUAGUAGGAUUACAGCACCUGAGGAGGGAAACUUCCAGAAGAACAUGGCCUCAACUUCUUACACCUUGAAUCAAAGUCUCCAACCGCUGCCAACGACUCACAUCAUGGCACCUGAGGCAACCCAGACUCCUGAGGGAAGAGCUUCUGAAGACAGUCUUCUAACAUCAACUUCGCUUCCCACCAAGCCUGAAGAGCCUCCUGAAUUUAGGAGGAACCAAACUCAAACCCACCACGAGAAGACACCAGAGGUGCAGACUCCUGCCCCUCUGAGCAAAUCCAGUGUCCAGCUGACACCCAGAGCAGAGUCACUUGUCCUUUCUAAUUCGACAUUGGAAUUCCUUCAGAGUUUUGCCAGAACGUCAAGUCAACAAGCAAUCUCCCUCAACUCCACCCGGGGCCUGGGAAACCGAGCCCCCCGGCAGACAUACCUCAGCAGGGGAGACAACCCCGGAAGGCAAAGAACCAACUUUCAAAAGUCCAGUUUUGAAACGACUCGAGGAAAGAAUUGGUGUGCGUAUGUACACACUCGCUUGUCUCCUACCGUGGUGCUGGAUCACCAAGUCACUCAUGUUCCAAGUGGGAAAGCGCCUUGUGGCUGGGUCAGAGGUUCCUGCCCUCAGAGGUCUCAGAAGGCCUCGAGUCCUGUCUAUAAGAUGCAACAUAAAAUCGUCACCUCUCUGGAAUGGAAAUGCUGCCCCGGCUUCAGCGGCAACAACUGCCAGAUGAAAGUCCAGGAGCAGCAUCAGCUGAUACACAGCGCCCAGGCGGAGAGUCACGCAGCUGUUGUCCAGGGGACGGAGGAGCAGAAGCAGCGACAGCAGGACUGCGAUGACCCAGCAGUGACACGAAAAAUAACCGAGCAGCUGAGCCACCAGGCAGUGAGACUGAGCCUUCUGCAGAAGGAGAUUGACAACAUCUCCCUGGCUGUGAGUGAGGUAAAGAAUACGCACUCCUCCCUGGAAGAAAAAAUCAACGAGGACAAAGGCGGGGAAUUUCAGCAUUUUCUGAAAGGUCUAAAAUCCAAAAGUCUUAAUGAUCUAGUAAGAGACAUAGUGAGAGAACAAUUCCAAACUUUUCAAACUGACACACAAGAGACUGUGGCACAGCUCUUCAAAACUGUUUCAUGGUUAUCAGAAGAACUUGAAAGCACCAGGCAAACAAUUCGACAAGUUAAUGAAUCUGUGGUUUCCAUAGCAGUUCAGCAAAAGGCUCUAAUAAUGCAAGAAAAUAAACCCAUUUUAACCGAUAUACUAGAUUUAAAGAAAAAUGUUGUGAAUAUAAGACAAGAAAUGAAUUUUACCUGUGAGAAGCCUAUUAAAGAACUAGAAGCAAAACAGAUGCAUUUAGAAAAUGCUCUAGAACAGGAACAUUUACGGAGCAUUUUGUAUCAUGAAUCCUUCAAUAAGACGCUGUCUGACAUGAAGGAGGGUUAUGGUCAUCUUUCACCAACUGAACAAAUGCCAGAGCAGAAGAGUGUUCUGGGAACGGAAUCAGUUGGCGAGGGUGUCUCUGAGGACUUGUCUACUCUACAUGAGAAGAUACAGAGGCAGGACUUGAGGAUGUCACAAUUGUUUGAUGAUUUACAGGUCCAAGACAGCAAGAUUGACAACCUCACCAUCUCUUUGGAGAUGAAGAAAGAAUCCGUCAGGAGUGAAUGGGAAAACAUGCUAUCCAAGCACAGAAGUGAUCUGGAAAUGCAAAUUAGGGAAGCAGAAGACAAUGUGCAAAUUUUAAACCAAACUUUGGUUGAGGUUGUCUUCCCGAUGGACAAGAAGAUGGAUAAAAUGAAAGAGCAAAUAAAUGAUUUGAUUUAUGAUAUGGAGAUUCUUCAACCUCUUCUUGAGGAAGGACCAUCUCUUAAACAAAGAAUAACAAACGGACAAUCCAAAGAAGAUGUAGUUACAAAGAAAAAGUUGGACAAUCUGACUGGUGCUGUGAAUACUCUAAAUUUUCUUCUCAAAGAACUUACAAAAAACCACAACUUGCUUAGAAGUGAAGUACAGAGUCGAAGUUAUUCCUUAGACAGACGUAUCGAUGAAUAUGCCUCAGAAAUGGAAGAUGGUCUGAAUAAAACAAUGACAAUUAUAAAUAAUGCUAUUGAUUUCAUUCAAGAUAACUAUGUGUUAAAAGAGACUUUCAGUACAAUAGAGAUUAAUUCUGGGGUUCAUCAUGAUUGUAACCAAAAUAUGAAAACUAUUUUGACAUUUAUUUCUCAAUUCCAGCAUCUGAAUGAUUCUAUUGAGAUUUUGAUCAAUGAUAAUCAACGGUACAGCUUCGUCUUGCAAGUGGCCAAAGCCCUUGCAGAUAUUCCUAAAGAUGAGAAACUAGGUGGGUUCAGUUUUCAAAAGAUUCAUCAAAUGUUGAAUGAAACGACUUCCCAGGUGAUAAAAUAUCAGCAAAAUGUGAGUCAUUUGGAGGAAAUAGUACACUCAGCCUCAAAGAACUCAACAAAGUUUGAAACGAGAUUACAAGACAUUGAGUCUAAGCUGACGAAAAUGCUCAUACCUUAUUAUGUUUCGCUGAAAAAAGGCGGUGAGGCUACAAAAGAGAAAGACCAGGCUCUUCAGCUGCAGGUGUUAAGUUCCAGAUUUAAGGCACUGGAAGCGAAAUCCAUUUAUCUUUCAAUGAAUCUCUCUUUGCUUAACAAAACCGUCCACGAAACUCUGAUGAUGUGCCAUGAUGUUUCUGCACAGACAUCAGAACUGAAUGCUACCAUCCCUAAGUGGAUAAAAGGCUCCCGACCAGACAUCCAACUUUUCCAGAAAGAUAUGAGGGAAUUUGUGGAAUCAAUCAUUGAAAUGAAAACUCAAGUUGUUCUAUCUAACUUAACUUGGUAUGUAAAUCGAUCAUUGUCUAGCGGCCUCGCCAACCCUGUCAAGUUCCAAAAGCAAUUCAAACCAUUCAUGAAGAAAUCAAUUACGCCGAAGAAACCAAUGGCGAAUUUUACUAACAUCUUAACUGGUCGGGCUCAAAGGAACACAAAUGACAUUCAAUUUCCUGCGCCGGGCGACAGUCCCGACUGCAGCGGGUCCCCGUGUCGGAACGGAGGCACGUGCGUGGACGGCAGGAGCAGCUUCACCUGCGCGUGCCGACACCCCUUCACGGGUGCGCGCUGCUCGGUGCGCCUGGGCCAGGAGGACGCGCCCGCGCCAGAUUUUUCCAAAGGAUCUUACAGAUACGCGCCCAUGGUGGCGUUUUUUGCAUCUCACACGUAUGGAAUGACGACUCCUGGUCCGAUCCUGUUUAAUAACUUAGAUGUCAAUUAUGGAGCUUCCUACACCCCGAGAACUGGAAAAUUCAGAGUUCCUUACCUUGGGGUGUAUGUUUUUAAGUACACCAUUGAGUCGUUCAGCGCUCACGACUCUGGGUUCCUCGUGGUUGAUGGAGUAGACAAGCUCACAUUUGAGUCUGAAAAUAUUAACAGUGACACGCACUGUGAUCGGGUUUUGACUGGAGAUGCCUUAUUAGAAUUAAAUUACGGUCAGGAAGUGUGGCUGAGACUUGUGAAAGGAACAAUUCCAGCCAAAUUCCCCCCUGUUACUACAUUCAGUGGUUAUUUGUUAUAUCGUACAUAA